CUCCAUCAGCGGGGGGAGCACCGGAAGCGCCGGCGGCACUGGGGGCAGCACCUCUGGGAGCAGCAGUAGGAGCGGCACUGGCAGCAGCAGUGGGAGUACCAGCGAGUCAGACAGCAUCUUAGACAAUUAUGGCAUUAAUGUUCCCAUGCGACUCCGAACUGCCUCAGUGCUCACAUCAAAGACCAACAUGACCGCCAAGUUCAACGUGGAUGUUAACAUCACAUCGGCGCAGCAAAGGGCGCUCUUCAUCUUCACCGUGACAAACGUGCCGAGCAGCCCAGUGCCUGUCUUCUCCAACUCCUCCUACCACACCAACGCGGGCCAGCUCGUGGCAACGUUUGCAUGCGUGCCCAAGCCCAUCACCUUUCUCAACACCUACCUGUGCACCUCCAGUUCUCUCGCCAACAUCACCGUGCCAUUCAGGCCGGUGAACAGGCCCAAGGCGCUGGUGGAUGCGGGGUUCUUCUCGAAUCCCUCCGGCUUCUACUCCACCAUCACUGUGAACGGCGUCACGCUGCGCGGUGGCAUCACCGCCUCCGUAGCUAACUUGUGA